GCAACAUGGCGUCCAAUGUUGUGAGUUCAACGACAUCGGCUGAAGAAGACGACGAGGAAUUUGAAGAUGCAGUGGAUGUGGUGCAGAUACCUACACCCCAGGACCUGGCUUCUUGCCUGGAACAAGCAAACCUUGCGCUCACUCUGUUUUUCAACAACAAAUUUUCUCAAGCCAGGGAACUACUUCAGCCAUGUGUGGAUUGGAGUAUGUACCAUUCUCUGGGAUAUGGUACCAUUAUGUACCUGCAAGCUAUCAUGACUUUUGACAUGAAUGACAUCGAGGUCGCCAUUCAGACAAUAAAGUCGUCACUGGUAGUGUGCAAUAAAUAUCGACGGAAAGUCUCCAUGUUGGAGGCAAUCACGCGCAGCUCUAGUCGUAACAACUACAAUGAUCUCUCAGAAGUUGAGAUCCAUGCAGAACUUUGCUAUGCAGAAUGUCUGAUGAUCAGGGCACUCCUAACGUUUGUACAGGAUGAAAAUCUCAUCAGUUUCGUUAAAGGAGGACUCAAAAUUAGGGAGUGCUACAAAGUCUACAAAGAGUGCAAUAAAAUGCUUAAACACCGGACAUUUAAAGAAGAGAAAAUACACUUUGAGAGUGGUGUGAGAAUGGGUGUCGGUGGGUUUAAUUUGAUGAUCUCUUUGCUUCCUGGUAAAGUAUUGAAACUACUAGAGUUUGUAGGAUUCUCAGGCAGUAAGAAAGUUGGACUAAGUGAGUUGCAGAAGGGUACAGAGGUACUGUCGAGUCUACGAGGACCACUGUGUUCCAUCAUCCUUAUAGCCUACCACACUGUAGUCUGUUUUGUAUUAGGUUUAGCAGAUGGAGAUGUUGGUCUGGCGGAUGAACUUCUACAAAAUUGUUUAAAACGAUUUCCAAAAGGUGCUUUGUUUUUAUUUUUUGCUGGGCGAAUCGCUGAAGUAAGAGGAAAUAUUGAUACUGCAAUAUGCAAAUUUGAAGAGUCUAUAGAAUGCCAACAGGAGUGGAGACAGUUCCACCAUCUUUGUUUCUGGGAACUAAUGUGGUGUUACUGUUUUAAAUCUGAUUGGUUGAUGGCUAUGAAGUAUGCGGAGAAGCUAUGCAAGGAGAGUCGCUGGAGCAAGGCGACAUAUACUUACCUGAAAGCUUGCUUCCUACUGAUGUGUGAAGAUCGUUCACAGGAGACACAAGAUCACCUUGUCUAUCUGUUCGGGGAGGUACCGAAGCUGAAACAAAGAAUUGCAGGGAAGUCCAUUCCAUUAGAAAAAUUUGCUGUUCACAAAGCCAAACGCUUCCAGGAGGAAGGGAACCAUCUUCUCCUGCCAGCUCUGGAAAUGGUGUAUCUGCUAAAUGGUUUCAACAUCCUCAGUAAAAAUGAUCCUCUACUUGAACCAUUCCUGUUGAUUACUGAGAGGACAAUCAAUGAGAUUGUGGAGAAGAAAGAUUCCCACCCCUGUUUCAUGGACGACUACUGCCUUGCUCUGCUACUGAAGGGAGUGUGCCUAAAACACAGAUCACAGUAUUUCCAGGCACGGCAGUGCUUCACUGAAAUUGUGGCAAAUGAGAAGAACAUCAAGAAAGACACUUUCCUGGUUCCCUAUGCAGUAGUCGAGUUGGCCAUCCUGAAUCUGGCAGAAGAGAACUGGAAUGAAGUCAAAUUACUUCUGGAGAAAGCAAAGAACAAGUACAAAGGCUAUCUGCUGGAGUCACGAUUACAUUUCCGUGUCCAUGCCGUCCGUCUGUCCAUGUCCAAUCAGACAAACAGUAACAAUAGCAAUGAUGGAGGUGACGUUGAUGAACUUGAAUCACCCCUGGGCUCACCGCAACCAGGCACAUCUGACAAAGGAGGUGAUCGCAGCAGCUGGACCUCAGGACAAGACAGCCUAGAUGCUGGAGUGGCAGAAACGAACCACACAACACACUUUUGAUGUUGAUCAGAAUUAACAAGUGUAAUUAAACUGGUUAAUUGAUGACUUUUGUUGUUCUGAAAAAAAAAUACUUCUUUUCAGGUGGAUUAGAAAUUUAUUUUAUUUUUAUUUUUUAUAUGGGGAAAUAAAUUUAAAAGACUGAUCAGAAAUGAUUAUUUAUGUGAUUCCGAGUCUUUCCCAUUUUCCACAAUAUUGGUGAUAACAUUGUCAGAUUUAUUUUCUCUGCAUGAAGAAUGUACAUAAUUAUUAAGUACAGUGUGUAGUUAGUCUAAUAGGAUGCAAGUUGAACAAAAAGACAUUCCCAUUGAUAGCCAAAGGUAAUUGUUAGAGAUAUUGAAUAAAAAUGUGCUCUAGACUAAAUUAAGAGUUAAAGCACCAUGUUAUAGUUUCAGCAUUACAAUAGCCAAAAUUGAUUUUAUAAACUGAUUUUUUGGAAAUAUCAAGAGAGUGAAAUUUUAAUUCAUUCAAAGGUUUUGACUCUAUAUUGAGAUUUAUUGAAGGUUUUUAUCCAUAUAAGGAGAGAGAAACUUUUAAUUAGGAAAAGGGUUUAUGCAAUAUGGAGAUGUUAUCUAAGAGACCUGAACUUUGAAUAGCUGGGUUUAGGUCUUUAUUUGAUCUCAUUAGUUAUACUGUAUGACUGGAUAUUUUGUUACAAGAGGAUGAUUUUGACAAUUUACCAGAUCAUGGAGAUACAAAAAAAUUAAAUCGUGAAAAUUCUAUCCUUGAAAUAAUAUGCAAUUGAAAAUCAUGCUAUCCUGAAAUUUUCUGCAUUCUUUUUAGAUUGUGUUACAAGCUACUUCCUUCUGACUCAGCUAGGAAGAAUUUCUUUCAUUUCAUUUGUCAGAGCAUCACACUAGUAAAUCAGAGGGCCUGGGUUCGAUCCCUGCCGGAGUCCUUGAAAUAUUUAUAAUUUAAUAACCUAAUUUGUUACAGUGAUAUAUAUAUACGGUAUAAAUAUACACCCGUAUAGGAAUGUAGAAAUAUUGACUGAUAUACUCAUUCUUGUCCUACUAGAAUCUCUUCUAUAGCCUAUAUGUCUAGAAAGCUCUAGGACUUUCCUGGAAAGACUGAGGGCCACCCUGGUAAAAUACUAGCUGCUUCCUAUCAACUGAAUUGUGCAGAUUGAAUAUUUCGCAGUUUUGUUUACGGAACAUAUUAUUGGAAGUUCAAUUAAAUUAAUAUUAAUAAAUUAUAUAAGGUUGAGUUACUGUAAACAUGAUUAUUUUUGCAGGGGGUUAAUUUCGCGAUUUCAAUACGUAAACUAUACGCGUGGGAGUUAUUUUUGCGAUCGAUCCACUUUCACUUGUAGUUCAAGAUUACGCAAAUUGAUAUCAAAAUAAUACGCGUUGGGGAAAUUUUCGCGAACAAAAGGAGUCCGCGUAAGUAGCGUAAGUUCCCUCUCGCAUAAAUUUCAAUGUUUACAGUAUAUAUUCACCGAUAUGAUAUGGUACUAUGACACUUCUCACUUAAUAAUAUCGGUCGCGUGCUAAAUAUUUUACUGAUGUUUAGAAUUCACAAAUAAAGUGAAAAUAUAACUCGUGUAAAAUAUAACACAUGCAAAAUAUAACUCAUACAAAAUAUAAUUUAUGCGAAAUAUAACCACAAUACAGUAUAGAGAAUUUCUCAUCGCUCCUUUAGUGGAGAGUGUCAGCCUGGUAAGCAAUGGAGGGUCCUCAGGGUUUACAGAAGAAAUUUUAAAUGAUCUCGUUUUACAAAAACCUGGUACCCAAUAUGUGACAUGACAAAGUAUUUCAUAUUUAUGCAUAAUAUAACAAUAGUAUUACAUUCUUACAAAAAAACAAUGCAAAUGUGUCUUGGCAUUCACAGAGGACAGGUAAGCAGCUGUAACAAAAUACCUGUACAACUGUCUAUUCAAUACUGUAGAAAGUUGACUAGCUUUUAAGCAACAAUUCCAUAAAGUUUUAAAAUGCCAUGAAAUGAAUUUUACAAUUAUUCGUAACACCAUAUAUUACUGAUCUCAUAGAGUCCCAUCAUAUUAAAACUCCUAAAAACUUUUUUAAAAAAGAUGAUCAAACUGCCAUUUUUCUCAUUACAUCAUUUUUAAUAUCUAGUGUAUGCAAUCAAGAUAUAUUGUGAACAGAAUAUUUUGAUAAAAUUGAAAUUAAAUUAAAUUUUAAAAGAAUUUUUUUUUGACUAAACCAACUUGUUUAUAGUCAUUGUGAAUGUCUGCCUAUCAAGUGUGUAUGUCAGGUAUUUAUAUCUUAAAAGUUUUGAAGCAGUUAAAUAUCAGGGUUAUACAGUUAUAGUUAGAUAUCAGGAUUAUAAAGUUAUAGUUAGAUAUCAGGGUUAUAAAGUUAUAGUUAGAUAUCAGGGUUAUAAAGUUAUAGUUAGAUAUCAGGGUUAUAAAGUUAUAGUUAUAUAUCAAGGUUACAAAGUUAUAGUUAAAUAUCAGGGUUAUAAAGUUAUAGUUAAUUAUCAAGGUUAUAAAGUUAUAGUUAGAUAUCAGGGUUAUAAAGUUAUAGUUAGAUAUCAGGGUUAUAAAGUCAUAGUUAGAUAUCAGGGUUAUAAAGUUAUAGUUAGAUAUCAGGGUUAUAAAGUUAUAGUUAUAUAUCAAGGUUACAAAGUUAUAGUUAGAUAUCAGGGUUAUAAAGUUAUAGUUAAUUAUCAAGGUUAUAAAGUUAUAGUUAGAUAUCAGGGUUAUAAAGUUAUAGUUAUAUAUCAGGGUUAUAAAGUUAUAGUUAGAUAUCAGGGUUAUAAAGUUAUAGUUAGAUAUCAGGGUUAUAAAGGUAUAGUUAGAUAUCAGGGUUAUAAAGUUAUAGUUAGAUAUCAGGGUUAUAAAAUUAUAGUUAAUUAUCAAGGUUAUAAAGUUAUAGUUAGAUAUCAGGGUUAUAAAGUUAUAGUUAGAUAUCAGGGGUAUAAAGUUAUAGUUAGAUAUCAGGGUUAUAAAGUUAUAGUUAGAUAUCAGGGUUAUAAAGUUAUAAUUAGAUAUCAGGGUUAUAAAGUUAUAGUUAGAUAUCAGGGUUAUAGAGUUAUAGUUAGAUAUCAGGGGUAUAAAGUUAUAGUUAGAUAUCAGGGUUAUAAAGUUAUAGUUAGAUAUCAGGGUUAUAAAGUUAUAGUUAGAUAUCAUGGUUAUAAAGUUAUAGUUAGAUAUCAGGGUUAUAAAGUUAUAGUUAAAUAUCAGGGUUAUAAAGUUAUAGUUAGAUAUCAGGGUUAUAAAUUUAUAGUUAAAUAUCAGGGUUAUAAAGUUAUAGUUAGAUAUCAGGGUUAUAAAGUUAUAGUUAGAUAUCAUGGUUAUAAAGUUAUAGUUAGAUAUCAGGGUUAUAAAGUUAUAGUUAGAUAUCAGGGUUAUAAAGUUAUAGUUAGAUAUCAGGGUUAUAAAGUUAUAGUUAGAUAUCAGGGUUAUAGAGUUAUAGUUAAAUAUCAGGGUUAUAAAGUUAUAGUUAGAUAUCAGGGGUAUAAAGUUAUAGUUAGAUAUCAGGGUUAUACAGUUACAGUUAGAUAUCAGGGGUAUAAAGUUAUAGUUAAAUAUCAGGGUUAUAAAGUUAUAGUUAGAUAUCAGGGGUAUAAAGUUAUAGUUAAUUAUCAGGGUUAUACAGUUAUAGUUAAAUAUCAAGGUUAUAAAGUUAUAGUUAGAUAUCAGGGUUAUAAAGUUAUAGUUAAAUAUCAGGGUUAUAAAGUUAUAGUUAAAUAUCAAGGUUAUACAGUUACAGUUAAAUAUCAGAGUUAUAAAGUUAUAGUUAGAUAUCAGGGUUAUACAAUUAUAAUUAAGUUUCAGGGUUAAAAGAUAAAGUAACAGAAAAAUCAAGAAAUUGAUGUAUAAAUGUUAUGGUUUAUUAUCCGAGUUAUAAAGUCAGGUUAGUAUGAAGGAUUUUUAUAUCAUUUUCAUUAUAAAUCAAUGUAUCCUACUACAUCAUACAUAACGUGCACUCUUUCCAGCAUUCAACUUUACAUAAUAAUUAUCCAAGCAAUAAUUCAUGCACAUUCACUUUUCUAGAUAAAAAUAUGUAUGGGAAACGCACAGUAUAUAAAACAAAUCAUUUGGCGAUUACAAUACAUGGCAUUUAUUGAUAUCUUAUACUUGGAAUAUAUUCUAGCUAUCCCUAAUAGUCAUCAAUAGUUAUAGAUAGGGUGCUGAUGUUUUCAGUGGAAUUUCUUAAGAGAUUAAAUAUCAUGCAGUGAUGUAUAGUCAUUUACCAAGCAGCUUGAAUUUUUGAUAUAUUUUGGACUUUGGCAAUAUUUUUAUUUUUGUUUCUAUGUCCAUCAAAGUAGGGAUGGGGAUCCGAGCCUUACAUUUAUUUAUUUAUUUGUCAAUCGUUGGCAUGUCAGGUUCCAUUUGUCUAUUAAUAUUUCAGUAUUACAAGAAAAUAACAUGUACCAUAUUUAUCCUAUAAUAUGCCCAUAUUAAAUUUUGGCGCUGCAGUCUCCCAUUACCUCAAUGUUAAUCCAGGCUUCAUCUAUUAGAUGCAGUCUAGAUCAUAUGAAGUGCUUGUUACACCAUUUUGACCAGAGCCACAGAAAUGCUUUGAACUAUGCUGAGGAUGAAUCAAACACAGUUGGGAUCCUGAUGAGACCAAUUGUUUUAUCAUGACUUUUUGGGCGGUAAGUUAUGGCAGGUCAUAGUACAUGUACUGUGUGUCAGAUUGAUUUGAAAUCAAUGACAGAAAUGAAUUUGAUUUAAAGAUGCUGUUCUUUCAAAUGAACAUACACUCAGGGAAAUGGGAGUAAAUAAAACGUAUAAAAUGUAUUUAUCAAUUUAAGAAAGACAAUAUGGAUGACAGAUAAAUAUUCAUGCCGCAUCUAAUGGACACCACUAAAUUUAUCUCUCACCCAGAUUGCAUUCAUAUUGACAAUAAAUACAAUCUAACAAUUGUUUAUUUAAACAUUAAAUAACCACAUUUUAAUUAUAACCUGUAGCAGUAUUCUGUAGUUUAUAUAUCCCUCUAUGAUUGAUUCCUUUAUGAAUGGUAGAAAUAUGCAUCAACAAGCUAUCCCAUCUGUAGGACUAGAUAGAUUUUAUUUAGAUUCCGUUUCCGUGUCAAUUAUUUGAGAUGUCAUAUUCUAGCUCUUUCACUACAACUGCCAAAUUUUACGCGAGUAUAUAUGGCUGUUGGGUCAGCAGAAUGCAGGUUUUUGGGACCAACCAGAAUACAGUGUAUACAGGGUUUCGGGUUAGAGUGUGAUUUAUCUACACUGUCUGAAGUGUCAGGUUUGUGAAAUAUCCGCCUGUGUUGGUUUUCAGGACCAAUAAGAAUAAAGCUAGGUUAAACAAUGAUUUAGAUGGGUUUGUGAAUUUUUCGUUCAUGAUUUUGAGUUAGAACUCCAUCUUUGUUGCUCAUUGUUAAGAAUUACCUGUUAUGUUUUAAGAACAAUACAAAAUAACUUGUCAAUGAUCUUUAGGUUAUUGUUUUGAUAAUGUUACAGUGCAUGUAUGUAUAAGACUGGAGAAAAAUAUAGUACACUGCCAUUGUUAAUAAAUAUGCCGCUUGUUGUCAAAAUGCCUUAAAGUAUAAUUCUGUUUUUCAUUUUGUAAAUAUCAUUUUUCUUGCUUAGUUGAAUAUUGUACAUGUACAUGUGUGUAUAGUAAAAGGAAUUAUGGAGAUUUUGUGAUCAAAAUAAUAGUUUCAGUAUUAAUAUUGCUCACAUAAUUACUUAUACACUUAUAAUAUAUACAUAUGCAGAAUUUGAGAGUAUAUAAGGUCUCCAUACCAGUUCAGGCCUCAGUUUCAUCAACAAAGUUAACUCAUUAACUUAAAAUCUUCCAUAGGAAAGUGCUAUUGAAUUUAUCCAUAGGAAAGUGCGAUUGGAUUUAAGGGGAAAAAUUGGUUAAGGAACUUUCCUAAAUUCUGUAAUACUUUUUUUACAAGAAAAUUUAAGUUAAAGAAUUUCUUUAUAUAAAGGAAAAUUGGUUAAACUAGGACUUGGCUGGCUGGUUAAGGGUGGUGUCCAUGCAGCUAGAGAGAGAUAGAGGUUGCUAGUUUGAGCCCAAGUACGCGUAGAAUAUUAGCUAAUACAAAUUUGUUUCACCUUUGAUUAAGUAUAAGCUAUAGGAGAUUGUGGUGUUUGCCUUUGGGUCAAGUUUGAGAUCUUUAUUAACUUUUAGAGUCAUUUGACUCAACAGUUACUUCGUGAAAGAGGGAGUUUGGUAAAAGAGGAGAAUACAAUGUCACUUUAUUAGCUCAGGCUGGUAAGAUUUUUCUUUUAUAGAGCUCAGCGAGUGUGAGUUUAAUCCUUCUUGUGACAGUUGUUGUAAGCGUAACAGUUGGAAAUCCAGGAAUUUUCCAAAAGAUGGUGUCAUCAAUUUUGUAACAAUAAAAAGGGGUUGGCAUUUAAAAUUGAAAAUCAAUUGGAUUGUAUUGAUUUCAUAGGGCAAGCUUUGUGUGUGAUGGAAUUUCUGUGAAUAACUGUAUUGAAGCUUUGUUGCUAAUGUAGCUGUCAAAAAAAACAACUAUAUUUCCAUCUUUAGCACAUAAAAUCUGUCAUGAGAUAGAAUUGAUUUUGAAAACAUACAAAGUAGGGAAGAUUUUCUGCGGAUAUCAUUUUUUCCCCCUCUAAUUUGAAUUAAAUGUCAUAGUUAGAGCAUCUUUCUGCUUGGAAACUUAUCACUGUGGUAGCCAAGUUUUCUCUCAAGAGAUGCAACUUACUUACCUCUGACAUUGUUGCCUUUUAGACUUUUGGACAAUAAAAAAUUGGAUUGAUCGCGGUUCUGUGUUUGAGAAUUUCAUGAUGGUUCAUGUCCACAAAUGACAAGUAGCGCUACAGUAGAGUUACGAUUCUAUCCCAGAUUUCAGGUCCUAAUUUCGGUUGGUUAGUUUAGUUCAUUUCUUUCCUGUAGAUCUGUAUGAUGUUAUUAAUUAUACUUGUUAUAAGGAAGGCUAUAAAGAACUAUAUACAAUGUUAACUUUGUCUUUGUAUAAUCAAAUACGAUGCUCAUUAUAUUUAUUUUUAGCACACCUGCCCAAAGGACAAGUGAGUUGACGCCAUGGUGUAGUAUCUGUCGUCUGUCUGGUACCAACUUUCCAUUUAUAUGUCUUCUCAAUAACUAAGGGGCCCGGAGACCUGAUAAUGGGCCUGUAGCAUACUGAAGAUGAAGGGUUUCUAAGUUUGUUCAAAUGAAUUGACUUUGUGUUAUAUAAUUGUAAUUGUAUUAAUUGGUAGCCACAUAAAUGAUACAUCAAUUAACUUUAAGGCUGGAUUAGUAGCAGGUGAGCAACACAGGCCCUUUGGGCCUCUUUGUUUAAUUUAUAGAAUAUUGAACAUUGAUAUGAAGAUGUUAUUUAACAAUGAAGUAUUAUAUCUAAGAGCAUUCAGAUGUUGAAUGAAAGUGAAUCAUGUGAUUUUCAAUGUAUUGAUUACAUUUUGUGAUAUGUUGAGAGAUUUUUUGCUCACAUGUUUGCGAGUUAUUUUCAUGUGUUCUUGAGAAGUCUUUAAUUUAUAUAUUUAUUUAUUUUUCUUUUUUCUUUUUGUCGUCAUUAAUUAACAACUUCAACUCAAAUUCUACUGGAAUCAUGAAUGUGUUGUCUGGGCGAAUUAUUUUGGAGCGUGAGUUGAUUAUCCGGAAUUCUAUCAAACUUCAAUCUCAAAUUCUGUUGAACUGCUGUUGUGAAAUUUGGUAGAUACUACUCCAUUUGAAAAAAAAUGGUUCUUCUGAGAGAUUUUAGUUUAGGUUUUGACUUCACACAGUAUUGGAUCAUUGAACAUGCAAGCACAUAUUAUCAUAUCAAAUAGCUGUUUUGUUUUCAAACUUAAAUGCUUUCUAGCUCAAGCAUCUGACCCAAAAAAAACCUUAUGUAUCACAUGGCAUCCACCCAAUGCCAUUCAUUAGAAAAUUCUGUAGGUCAGUUAAAGUUUGAGAGAAAAACGAAUACAGCCAAAUGAAGUCAAAAA